CGUUUACUGACUGUACUUUUUAGUUUUCAAUCAACGUUAUAAUGAAAUGGAGUUUUGCGUUGUUGUUUUUUAAUUUAAUACAUAUAGUGAAGCUCAGAAAGAAUGCAACUGCGCCUGAUCCAAUUGUUGAAAAUCCGAAUUUCAUUAGAGACAGAAUUCGCGAGAAUAUAUGGAAACCAAUGAUGAACGAGUCAUGGACGAAGCGAUUCAAAAAGCCAUUUCACCCAGCCUGGAUGGAUUGGUGUGAUCCAUACCAUUGUAAUGAUUACCACAAAAUCGUGUGCGGCUUGAAUCGGAAGAGUGUUCGCUUUAAGUGGUUUCAAAGUGGUUGUCACCUCGUCUUGAAUAAUAUGUGUUCUACAUACAGAGGAAGUCUUAAAUAUGACAUAGUAGACAACAAGUAUUGUUCCAUGUAUGUAAUGUUUUUACGUCUCGGCUGUCAAUCUGUGUGUUCAAAUACGUUCGAACCUGUUUGUGGAGUUAGUCUGGUCGACAACCAUCUUGUGCUAUUUCAAAAUCGAUGCGCUUUUGAACGGAGAAAUUGUCAAGGAGGGAUCAUAGAAGAAUAUGAAGAAAUUAGUUUAGAUAUAUGUUUAAAUAAAAUUAUGUCGAUGUGAAA